AUGUCCGCAGCUGGUGGUGGUGAUAUGCCUGAAGCAGUGGCUGAUGGUCUACAUGAUGCUCUUAAUCUCACAUACAGACCGCAAGCUACAAAGAUAUGUGUCUGGAUUGGUAAGUUUAUAUGCUCAACUCUUAAUACUACUUAAUAUUUAGCAUGGUUAAUGUCAACAUCAGUACAUGAGUCAUGACUUUAUCAAGAUUUUUGGGCAUCUCAAUAGAACUAACAGUGGAAGUGUUUAUUGAAAACAGAAAUUUCAAGUGGAAGAUUAAUAUAUACAAUUUUAGACUAACCAGGAGCAGCUGACCAACUGUGAAAAUGCAACUAUUCGCCCUCUGGCAGGAAUCAAACCCUGCAAUUUCUGGUUGAAUCUAAAAUUGUAUACAUCAAAAUUUUCAGUCGAAAUUUCCAUCUACAAAAUCCCUUCAGCUGUUAAUACAUGACUUUGCCUGACUAGUAGAAUUGUACAGAUUAAGUUAAGGGUACACUACUUGUUAUCUGGUUUGAUAUCAAUUUGAUGUUCAAAACUCCUUUGGGGAGCAAGAUCAUAUUAGACACUUAGAUCAUUAUACGAAGUUGGAUGCAUAUAAAGGCCUAAAAAAAUACCUGCAUGUGGUUCCGGUUCCCGACGACCCUAUUUUUUUCUGCCGACCCCAUUAGCAAUUGACCGUGCGACCCUAUUUUCUCCGGGUGGUUGCGGGCUGCUCAUACAGCGUGCCAAAAUGUCUGUUGUCACACUGAUUAUUGAACCAAAUUGCCUAACUUGGUCCAUAGGAAAUACGCAUCUCUAGUUAAUAUUGAUGUCGGGACUCUACUGAAAAUCGCCCAGCAAAAAACCGCCAAAAGGCAAAACCAUGAAAAAAAAAAUUAUAAUAUGAAACCGGAACCACACUGUCAGGUAUUUUAUUUUAGGCCUAAGGUGCCCCUUCAUAACACCCUUCCGAUGUUUCACAAGUCACAAAUAACCUUUUCAUGGGUUCACCUGAAUCAAACGUUACUUUCAUGUGACGUAAAAAAUGUAGAAGCCUUAAAAUCAUGAAUCACGAUUAAAAUUAAUAAUGAUCGAUCAUGUUUCAUGCAAAAAUGACAUAAUUACAGUAGUUUAGUUACAAAACAUGUGGACACUCCAGGGGUGGUUAACUCAUAGUGCCCAACAUUUUCUAUCAAUAAUAAGUAAGUUUAAAAACCAAUACCAGUCGACAAUUUCAAAAAGUAUGAAAUAAUAAAAAUGCAGUCCAAAUAUUAGCAUCUUGAAACUCAAGAAUAAGAAUCGCUCUUUGUUUAAAAGAUUGUGAAGUGGGACAGCUAUCUUUGCAAAGUCCUUCCCAAAUCCCCUUCAAAAUAUGCACUCUCAGGAACCUUCCAAUUCCUGAUAAUCUCCAGUUUCUCAGGUAGCGUUCUACCAUUAAUCUCGAUACGAUAAACUGACCCAGAAAUCUUACAGAGCAUUUACAGUAGCAAAUAGCUAGCAUUUCUCAUAUAACAAGGUCUGCCUCAACAUUUAAUAUGCUCGGCAUAUUGCCAACAAAAUCUCGAUAUUUACCCAUCACCUAAACAUGGCAGUACUCCAUAUACUGUAUAUAUACCGUACAUGAACUUGUGGUUAGAGCUCGACAACUGUAGGAUUGUUCGGUAUACCGAUAUACCGAUAAUAUCGGUAUUAAAUCGAUAUCGGUAUAUCGAUACCGGAUAUUCAACCAUACCGAUAUACCGAAAUUUCGGAAUACCGGAAUUUUUCGGUAUACCAUGUUAAAUUUACCAACUAUAUGGCGAAACCAUAACCUUUAUUUUACUACUGAAUGGCAAUUCAAAGAACUUUCUACUGCAAUGAUUUAGAAUUUCCACUUCAGUGAGAUUUUACACUGAGUACGUGCAUGUCGUUCGAAACAUGUUCGAAACAGCUUCGAAAUUAUCGUUUUCCCUUUUAGAAUUACUCAAAAUUUCCUUCAAACUUCCAUUAAAGAAUUUUCCUUUAUAAUUAUCAAAGGAAAUAUCGGUAUACCGAUACCGGAAAUUUCUCAUACCGAACAUUCCUAGACAACUGGCCUCCGUAUGUAGCUCAGUUGGUUAGAGCGCUGCACAGGAAUCACAGGGCCACUGGUUCCCCUCCUGCCAGGGACCCAUUGUUGCAUUUUUCACAGCUGUUCCUGGUUAGGUCUAGUAAAUGUAUAUAAAUUUCCACUCGAUAAUUUCCAUCUGCAGGACCCUUCAACUACUGUAUUAUUGAAUCGAAUGAGAUGCCCGCCAACAAAAUCUCGAUAAUUUCUCAUGUGAAAAGAGUCUGUCAACGGCAAGGCGCUUAUAUUUGACUCGAAAUUCUCGUGGUUUUUCCGACCGCUCCAGCAGGGUUCGUAGCGGUCUUUGAAAUCCUUGAAAGUCUUUAAAUUUGAAUGCAGGUCUUUAAGGUCUUUGAAAAGUCUUUGAAUUGUGUAAAAAAGCAAAGAAAGUCUUUAAAAGUCUUUAAAUUCUUCAGUGAGGAUUUGAUUAUACGAUUUUCUAGCUAAUAAAAUAGAUUGAUUGAAGCAAGAUUUUCGCAAUUAUCGACAAAAAGGCGCAUUUUAGGAUGUGAUUUGACUGGACUAAUUACUGUGUAAAAAUGGUGCUCGCACCAGGCGUACACUCGCAAUUUUUCGACAGCUGAUUGCUCUCAAAGGGCUUUGAAAAGUCUUUGAAAAUAGGCAGAAAAAAUCUUUGAAUUGUUUUGGUCUUGGAGACUACGAACCCUGUCCAGUUUCCUCCCACAGGGCGAGUUGGCAGGGUGAGUUAGGAUAAACAUAGUUAGGAAAGUAAUAUCACAAUUGUUGUAAAGAUAAAUAGUCUAGACUAAGUACACGGCUAAAAAGGCACAGGUUGUUUCAAGUUGAUAUCGACAGGCGUGAACAAUGUUGUGCGGCCAACUAUGAACAAGUUGUCAACCAUGUUGUUCCAAGUUGUUACAGUUGAACAAUGCUGUAACAACAUGUUGACAAUACUGUUCAUAGUGGGCCGCACAACCUUGUUCACGCCUGUUGAUGUCAACCUGGAACAAGUUGUUGAUUUUCUCAAUUUUUACGCUGGUAAGUAACAUAAGUAAGCGUAAUACUUGAUGUAAUCGGUCACUGAAAAAUGAAGCUGAAUGAUAAUGUAACGUAAUGUACAGUACUAUGUAUUUCUUACCUGAUAAUUUAAAACAAGCUCUCCUUAUCAUUCCAAGAAAUUUUCGGAUUCUUCAAGUGCUUGUCAAAAGUAGCUUGAAAACAGGUCUUUAAGGUCUUUAAAUUGUUCACGCCUGUCGAUAUCAACUUGAAACAACCUGUGCCUUUUUAGCCGUGUACUUAGUCUAGACUAAGGUACAGGGUAACAUCAUGAUAGGCCAUGAUAUCCUCAGCAUCCAACAUGUGAACCUUGUAUCCAGGGCCGUAGCUAGACGCGAUGGGGGGGUAUAUUCAUAUACCGUAAAAACAAUCGCUUUCAAAAGAAAUCCGUCGGGCAGAACACGAAUAUAUGAAUAUAGCGGUCUACAGUAGCUACGGUCGUGCUUGUAUCAUCGACAACUGAUUGAAAGGGCGCCCCCGCCAGCUCAUAAGGCACCUCAAGGUGCGACUUCUCAAGUAUACAGUAAUUGUCAGAAAAGACAGACAUUCUCUUCAAAUGAGAUAGAAGAUGUUAAUGUUAUACUAGUCUUAAACGCAUGUGCAAUGAAAUACCUAUAUACUGUAGAUAAUAGCAACAUUGACUAUACUUGUUUGAAUAGACGUGGUUUACACCUAAAUAUAAAAAGGGCAGCUCAGUUAUUAGUAAGAAUUAUAGCGUCCUGUGUGUCUCGGCCUUUGGGAACGUUGGAGUCGGAGUCGUUGGAGUUGUAUAUAUUUGCACGUGCAAUUGUGCUUCUUGCUGUUCCCACUCGAAAUUGUAGGUCACCUUCAUAAAACCAUGCGCUCCUUAUGUACUUUAUCCUGAAGACUAAGUACAUCUUGAGUGUUCAGUUUGUAUAUACCAGCUAAUCUGGAAAUAUCGCACCCCGCAUCGUCAUCGCCAAUAUUGUGUGGCAAUAUAAACUCGGUUUUCUCUUUGUCUUUUUCGGCUACUUCAACCUGAUAAUAUCCGGAUAACAUAUAUAUUGAUGUAAAAUAAGAUGCUCCCGCUAAUCGGUCGAGAAUUUCUUUUAAAUUGGACAGUGGUAACUUGUUACAGUAACAUUGUUGCCUCAUUUAAUGCACGUCUCCUGAUAAACUGCUGACUAACAAUAGCCUUGCUAAUUCUGUGCUAUUUGGAAGCGUCAACCUUUCAAAUUUUGCUCUCUGCAACAGUUGUCGUGAAAGGGGCAUUUGCAGAAGAGGGAAGGGGAUUUAAGGGAGGGUGAUUCCUUUCUGGAUUAUGGGACAGAUUCUUUCAGAUUUUUAACAACCAUUUUCAGUGAUUUUCAACUCCCCUAGGUUAUACCUCAGCCUCACUCUUAAUUACAACUGGCUGAUGACGUAUUGAAAUUGGAUGGACUUGAGAUUGUUUAAUAAUUAAACAUGUUAGACCGCACAAUAACUAUGAGAAAGUUUGUCUCAACAUUGAUAACGUUUGCAACCAUUUACCUUUUAGACUGUGUGCACUUUCAUUUGUUCUACGGGGCUUCGAUAGGGAUAUAUGGCGGCCCCUCUCUGGUUACUUAAUGCUGGUUUUGGGGCCUGCAUGAGCAUGCACUUAUUAUAAGAACAAUUAUAAGAACGGCCUGUUGCUAAAAAGUUGUUCUUUUAUCCAAGCUUUUACUUUAAUAUCAAAAUUUAUUUUUUCUGCAGGGGAUGCCCAUCCGCAUGGCCUGGAUCCAUCGAAUGACGAAAUUCCCAAUGGCUGUCCAAGCAAUCACGACCCAGUUCAAAUAUGUCAUGAAAUGGCAGCGAGGGGUAUCAUCUUGUAUUGUGUUGGAUGUGAGCCAUCGCUUAGUCGAUAUAGAGAUUUCUUUAUGGCACUUAGUCUUAUUACUGGUGGGCAGUACAUUCGUCUCCAACGAGCUAAACUUCUUUCACAG